AUGGUUUUAAACGUCCAGAAGCCUUCAGAUCCACAGGGUCUGAUCAUUGAAGCAUGGGCGCAAGGCUUCAUGGUCGGAUCCUUGGUCAUCAUGGCUUGCAUAACGGCGGCCAAUAUGCGGCGAAAAGUGCUGCUGCACAAGCUUAUUCUCGUCGAGCUGAUAUUUGGCAUGUUCCACGGCACUUUCAUCUUCACGGACCCGCCGGUCUACAACUGGUAUCUCAGCGUAACAGCCAUCUUCUUGAAUGUCAGCUGGAGCCUGCAUAAUGUCAUCGCGUGGAUCAAGAACAAGCCCCUACUGCCGCGGUGGGCAAGCAUCUUCUAUAUCACAACCGUGAUACUUGUCCAACCGUAUUGGGUGCUCGAGCUUGCUGCGAACUUCCUGUACUUUAGCGACACUAACAAUCUCUUCGUAUACACACGGCCUUACGAGGCGCUCUUCCGCGACCCGUGGUGGAUCUUUACAGCGCUCAACCUGUUCUGGAAUAUCAAGACGCGUUACGACUUUGGUGUCGUCGAGCUUAUUCGAGUUUCGCCACGGUUCGGCGUGCUGCUGGGAUCUAUGCUUGUGAGCAUCUGCUUCAUCGUUGUCGACAUCCUGGCCGUUACACACGUGGUUUCAGGACCUGGGUUGCCAGAUGGCAUCAACCCUUUCUGGAAGAUAGCGUUUGUGUUCAAGUGCUUGACAGACACGAUCAUUCUCGACGAUUUCAAAACGGCAUUGGAUCGCUUGAAGCAGUAUCGUUUAGAACGCAUGGGCAGUGUACUGAGUGACAACAUUCGAGGCGACUUCCAGCACGUUGAUUAUACUCAGCGGAAGAAGGUAGACGGCAGCCAGGAAAUGCGUGGCAUCCCUGCCAUUCAAUCUAGGGACUGGACCAAGGUGACGGACUUCGACAAUCUUGACCUAGAGACUGCUUUAAGGGUUGACCUUCGUGAGCAUGCCGAAUCCUCAAGCCCGAGCGGCGGGUGA